AUGGAUCCGAGCGCGGUCAGUUUCGACUCCGGCGGCGCGCGGCGGGGCGCCGGCGGCAGGCAGAUGCUGCUCUUCGGCGGCGGAGGCAGCGCCAACAGCAACGGCUUCUUACGAGGUGUUCCGAUGGCGGUCCUGUGCAUGGACGACGCGACGCGCGUGGGCAAGCGGCCCUUCUUCACCACACACGAGGAGCUCCUUGAGGAGGAGUACUACGACGAGCAGGCGCCCGAGAAGAAGCGCCGUCUGACGGCGGAGCAGGUGCAGCUGCUGGAGCGGAGCUUCGAGGAAGAGAACAAGCUGGAGCCGGAGCGCAAGACCGAGCUGGCUCGCCGCCUGGGGAUGGCGCCACGCCAGGUGGCCGUGUGGUUCCAGAACCGCCGCGCGCGCUGGAAGACCAAGCGGCUCGAGACCGACUAUGACCGCCUCAAGGCUGCCUACGACGCGCUCGCCGCCGACCACCAGGGCCUCCUGGCCGACAACGAUAGCCUCCGGGCACAGGUGAUCUCCCUAACGGAGAAGCUGCAAGGCAAGGAGACAUCCCCGUCGGCGACCACUGCUGCCCAAGAGGUCGACCAGCCAGACGAACACACCGCUGUGUCAGGCACUGAGAAACUGCUGGCGCAGCAGCUCAAGGACGACCUCCACAGCAGCGGUGACUGCACUGGCCAUGGUGCCCUCUCUUCGGAGGAAGAGGAUGGUGGUGUGGUCAGCAACGAGGGCUGCAGCUUUGAUCUCCUGGAUGCCAUGUUCGCUGCAGGGGUCACCCACCAUGGCGCCGAGGAGGCGCAGCUGGCCAACUGGACAUCCUGGUUCUGGAACUGA